UGACAGCCGUGACUUCUGGGCUCCCUCUGCCUCCCUCCCCAGGGAGACACAGCCGAGCAAGGAUGGAAACUGUUGUAGGAAGCCAGAAGAAGCUUGCCUCUUCUUAUUUAAUGUUCAUUUUAGUCUGUUUUUGACACCUGUUUCCCCCAAUUGCAGAAGGUGUUAAGCUCAUCAUGAAGAUACCCGACCUCCUGAGAGGUGCUGAAGUAAUGGCUGUCACACCUGAGAUGUCCCUGCAGAUGAGGACAGCUGUGAAGGGACAACAAGUGACUGGGAAGAACAAUGACCUUCUCCAAAGUGUCAGUGUGGCUGAAGAUGUGGAGGAAAUUGUCAAAAUGGAGCAAACCUCGGACAGACCAGAUGAAAAAGAUGAAUUUCCUGAAAACCCGCAGACGGAUUCCCUUCACAAGGUGGACUCUGAAGAAUGGGACAGGUUGGAGCAGGACUCUAAGCACAGCCAGGACCCACCGAUCAAUCAGGAUGAGCAAGAAGCAACUCUUGUUUGUGCAGACCCUCGAGUGUCACUGUCACAGUUUUCAGAGACGAGCACCCUUGCACCGCCCCCCGAGGGCUCGGCCCUCAAGCUGAGAUACUGGGAUGCAAAGAUGGGUCUACAAAUGAAGGAACUUGGAGCCGACCACGACAACUGGUUGGAGAGGAUCAACAACAUUAUACAAAGGAUAAACAACACAGAGAGUACAGUGAAGAGCCUGUUGACUGAGGUGAUAUCCCUGGAAAACCAGUCUGAAAGUUUGGAGGACCCUGACGAGGAAGCAAACAUUGAGGAGAAGAUCACAGAAAUCCGAAAGCAAUUAAAAGAAAUGAACAUAAAAUUGGCCCAGGUCGAUGCCUGCAACGAAGCCCGUGAAUUAAAGGAGAAACUCAUUGAACGGAUAGAGAGCUUUUACAAGGAAAUGAACGUACUGAACGCUAAGCUGGAGAUAUACAACACUCAAGAAAGAGAGACAGACUCCCACAGCUCUGAAGACUUGGACACUGAGCAAAUAGAGUCACCGCUCCCUGAGGCUUCUCCAACCCCUCCAGGGUCACACUCUCCUCUCUACAGUGCAGUGUGGAAACACGCGCUGAAGCUCUUCUUCAUGUUCUACGUGGUCACCAUCACUGGUCUGUCGUGUUACAUACUGUUCGUGGACGCCACGUUUCUCUUCGAACGGGUGCUGCCCAGCGUGCUGGGGCACCGCACCAUGUGGGAGCUGCGGGAGAUGGUGGCGCCUUUCCUGAACUUGGAAGCAGAGGACUUGUUGCCAUCCUAAACCUCCAAAAGUUACCGAUACCCGACUCUCUUCCUCGCCAGUAAAUUUUACAUGUUCCUAUAUUGCAACGGUUAGCUUGUUUUU